CGAUUUGAACAGAUCAAGGAAACUGGCGAGACGAAAAACCUACGACUUCGAUGUCUCAAUCCAUUUCUCGACCAACAGGGUCUGCUUCAAGUUGGCGGACGUCUGAAACACGCACCCAUCUCUUUCACCAAAAAACACCCGAUUCUGUUGCCUUCUCAUCAUCAUGUCACUGAUCUAAUCAUUCGUGAGACUCAUAAGAAUGCAUUCCAUUCCGGUAUCCAGAGCACACUCUCAAAUCUUCGUCACCGAUUCUGGCUGCUAGAUGGAAAGGGGCAAGUACGACGAAUUGUCCGACGAUGUGUCGAAUGUGUUCGACAUCGUCCCGUGUUACUGCACGGAAAGAUGGCAGACCUGCCCAGUGCACGAGUCACGAAUUCAGCCGCAUUCUCACAUGCGGGUGUAGAUUGUUUCGGACCCUUAUUCAUCAAAGGACGAAAAUUCAGAAAUCGAACCACGAUCAAGGUAUACGGGUGUGUAUUCGUUUGCAUGGCGACAAAGGCCGUACAUCUCGAAAUCGUAAGCGAUCUGACCACCGACGGGUUCCUGGGUGCCUUCGGACGGUUCACUGGACGUCGAGGUGUCCCGUCUCAUGUUUAUUCGGACAACGGUACCAAUUUUGUGGGCGCGAAUAACCAACUACGAGAACUUUACUCCUUAUUCACCUCCCAAUCGCAUCAUGACCAAGUCAACGAGUAUGCUGUGAGGAAAAACAUUACUUGGCACUUCAACCCUCCACUUUCCCCUCACUUUGGGGGCAUUUGGGAGGCGGCUGUUAAGUCAUUUAAGCAUCACUUCAAACGAGUGGGCGUCCUCUCACCAUGCUACCUGAAGAUGAUUUUUCUGAUGUCCCAGAUAACCGACUCAGCGUGUGGCAAUUCAUUACCAAGGCCAGACAGGACUUUUGGAAGCGCUGGUACUUGGAGUAUCUCCACGAGCUCCAAAUCCGCCAGAAAUGGCAUUCUUCCCAGGGUGAACUCACAACCAACCAGAUAGUACUACUCAUGGACAAAAACCAACCAUGUAUGCAGUGGCAAUUGGGGGUGGUGGUCGAAACCCAUCCAGGGGAUGAUGGAGUGGCACGAGUCGCCACUGUCAGAACAGCACAAGGGUUGUUCAAACGAAACGUCACUAUGUUGUGUCCUUUACCAAUUAAUUCUUGACAAAUGUCUGUGAAUUUGAUAAACUGUAUCUCACAUUAAAUCGUACAAUACCAUGAUCACACAUUACAUUGCUCAUUCAUUCGCAACGGGGGGAGUGUGUAUCGUGCCUACACGGCAGAGUUACUUGUAUUGGGAUACGCGUAUGUGAUUACGUGUGACACACAGCUUCAAAUCUGUGCAGAACUCGAAAACAAUGGCUACCUGACAUGCGCAGUACGGUAAGUCGGAGAAACGCCGGG